AUGGAUGAAAAAGAUGACUUAUCUGAUGCUAGUGAUUUUAUAAAUGAAGAAAAUGAUACUAAUUUAUCACUCCAAAAAGGACAAACAUUUGAAACUUUUGAAGAGGUAGAAAAAUACUUGAUGCAAUAUUGUGAGCAAAAAGGCUUUAAAUAUCGUAAAAAAAGAGUUGAAUAUGAUGAUAAUAAAGUUAUUUGUAAACAUACUUAUGAAUAUACCAAAGCUGCUCAAUACCAACCAAGAAAAGAUAAUGAUCUGAAAAAACAUUGUCAAAGAAAUUCUGGAUCAAUUGGUUAUCAGUGGUACAUAAAUGUAACUUGUCUAAAAUUAACUGAAAUUAUUAAAAUUUUCACAAUAAUUGAUGAAUAUAACCAUCCAUUGAAUUCAAAUAUUAAAAUUCAUGGAGUUCAAUUUCAUAAGUUUUUAAAAGAAAUAAAAUCUGAUGUAUUGGAAUAUUUUACUGUGAUUCCAACCAUGAGAGCUCAAACUAUAUUUAGAUUAUUAAAUAAUAAGUAUUCUGAUACUUACAUUCACUGA